AUGGAAAUUGUGAUUCCGACGGAGAGGUUGAAGACAGUUCUAGAGAAUGGACAGGUCAAACAGCGUUCAGUGUUUGUAAACAAACAGCCUGAUCACAGAGAACUGGCGUCAGAAAUAAUACGUUCAGAUUGUAUUAACAAAGGUUAUCGUGUUGUCAAGAGCUUAGGAUCUGGUGCCUAUGCUAAAGUGAAACUUGCUGAAGUUUCUGUGUCUAAAUUAGCCAGACAUGCCUCAAUGGCUGAUCAUCUAGACACUGGAAAUCUACAGGUAGCAGUAAAGAUCAUACAGAAGAAAAUCGUGCCUCAGGAGUUUUUGAAGAAAUUUUUACCACGAGAACUUGAUAACCACAUUGUUUUGCCCCCACAUCCUCAUGUAGUACGGUGUUUUGAGCAAUUUUCAACCAGUGAUUUCACCUAUUUGGUUAUGGAGUAUAUGAGUAAUGGAGAUCUAUUAGAUAUGAUCAACCACAGUAUCAGUAAGAUUGAACGUGGUUUGGGGGAGGAUAUCAGUAAAAAGUUUUUCAAACAGAUUGCACUUGGUCUACGUCAUAUACAUCAGAAUGGAAUCGUUCACAGAGAUAUGAAAUGUGAAAAUAUUUUGAUAGAUGGAAAUAUAGAUGCAAAAAUCACAGAUUUUGGAUUUUCUUGUCGAUAUUACGAUAAAAGUGUCUUGUUGAGAACUUCGUGUGGAUCUUAUGCUUAUACUGCACCAGAAGUGAUCAAAAAUCAACCUUAUGAUGGAACUCGUGCUGAUAUUUGGAGUCUGUAA